AUGUCUACCAUAACAAAAUCGAAUACUUCUUCAUUGUCUACGAAAACUUCUUCAAGGUCAAGUUUGUUAUUGCAAAACAAAUCCAAGACUUUGAAACCAAAUCCUACAACCAUCGCGAAACCAAAAACGAAAAUUAAAGCCAAACCUCCAAAUAUACCAAUAAAUUCACCAACUUUAGCACGUUAUUCCAAGAGUUUUCCAAAUUCAGGAAAGCAGCAACAGAAACGGUUAGAAGCUAAAGAACCAAAAUCAACCGUAAAAAAGUCUGUAAAAUCUGCAAAAUCGCCUUCAUUAACGGAUAAAUUUAAUAAUAAAACCAACAACAAUAAUAAAAUUAGCAAAUUAGAUGCAAUACCAACUCUAGAAGAAGACAAUCCAAUACAUGGAGAAAUAACAAGUAUAGUGUGCGAAAUAGAAAAUUUCCGUUCAAAACUUCAUGAACUUGGUAGAAUUCAAGAAUCUCAUCAUCAAUUUUCAAAACUUAACCCAAAAAGAUUGUCAGCUAUGUCGUUAAUUAGUAGCGGUAAUAUGGAAGAAGAAAAUAAUGUAAUGGUGCAAGCUGUCAAUAACCAACUUUCGGUUGUCCAGCAACACAUAUCAUCUUUAAUGGAUAAUCAUUCAAUGUUAGACGAUAAUUUAUUAUCAAUAAUAAUGACUUAUAAUGAAGAAGUUAAUACCGCAUUAAAAGAGGCAAUUCAAGAAGUUCCAAGACUUUAUUCUACUAGCAGUAACUCAGCUACAACAGCAACAAAUACAUCAACUUUAACUCCAACAAACAAUAAUUAUGAAAAUAUUUUUAGUUAUAUGGAUGAUGAAUCUGAAUUUAAGAGUAGUUUUGGCCAACAACAAUUGAUCGAAACACAAGCUAUGCAAAUACAAUUUUUAGAAAAUGCAAGUUUCAAUAACAUUUAUCAAUUACAAGCUGACGCGGAGAGUUGUCAAUGUUUAUUGUCAAUGCUCACCAAGUUCGACAAUAAUUGUGGUGACAAAUGUUGUGAAUUAAAUUUAAGUGCAGAGCAAUUAGAAUCAAGAAGUUUUCUAACGAAUAAUAAUUUACUUGAAGUUAAAAUUGAAGAAAUUAAAAAUUUAAUUAGAAAGUAUGAUUGCAAAACUGAAAUAGACUACGACGAUUAUAUUUAUUCAGACAAAUCUAAAGCAUUCCUAUCAAAUCUUUUACAAAGAGUUAUAAUAGAAACAAUUCUAGAACAUUCGGAAGUUUAUUUCAAUGGAUCAUUGGACAGAUGCAUAAAAUAUUCAAAAGAUCCAUUUAUUGAUUUGAUGGAUUCUCCUAGAUUAAGUAAAGAAACCUUUGACUUUGAUAACCUAGAUUCAAAGAAAACUUAUAAAACUAGAAUAAAUCCUGAAGUUUAUGCUGUAUUAGGAACAAAAAACUUUGAUGGAUUUGAUCAUCCAUUUAUAGAAUUUGUACUAGAAAAAUUAUUAAAAACUUUGAAAAAAUAUUGUAAAAUCAAAUGUUUAGACAACGAUAAUGGUCAAGGGAAAGAUAAUAAAAAUCCAAAGAAAAUAUUUAAUAAUAUUUUAAUAGAAAUAAUACAUAAAAUUAUUAAUCUAUUUUACUUUGGAAUGCAAGCUCAUGAUAAAAGCUUGCAAUUUAAAUGGCUAGAUAAUAAUUUAAAAUUUGAUAGAAAUUUAAUGAAAAUGGAAGAUGUUGGCGAAGAAAUAGAAAAAUUAUCUUUAGAUAUUUGUUCUUUUCCUUUAAUUGGUAUAGAUUUAUCUGAUAAAGAUGCUUGUAAAGUCAUUGUUAAAGCAAAAUUUUAUCCUUUAUUAGCGAAUAAAUUUAUACCUGGACAAUACCCUAAAAUCGAUUAA